AUGAUGGAGAGCACGCGGUCGUCGAGGGGGAGGAUAGAUGGGAGGCUCAGUCUGGAAGGCAGCUCCUCGAAGAACAGGUCGAGAGCGAGGAGCGAGACCAGCAGUCGCAUGGGCGAGGCAGCAGGGGACGACAUGCGAAUAGACUGGAUCAACGAAGCGGUCUGCUCGGCGUUAGAAAUAUCCCCCGACAGCUUUCAGAAGAUGAUGGAAGUGAGAGAAAACCGCGUUAACAUUUAUUCCUUUCUGGACCAUACUAACAACAUGAAGAUAUUCUUUAUCAACGAGGAGGUUGAAGCUGGGUUCAAGCUCUUCUGUACCAUAGACAUCCCGAUGGUCGAGCUCCUUCAAAGGUCUCGUUGCAUCUGUUUCUUGAAGGAGGACACGGCCAAGGUACCCUACCAUGACCCCGCCUCUAUCCUCCUGUGGAUCGAGCUGAAGAGCUCUGUGUACGACGAGCUGUCAACCCUGUGCAAGGAAGUCUUCUUCCCUCUCUUCACGCUUCGGCAUGAUCACAAGGGGCUCAACAACACCGCGAUCAAGGAGUUUCCGAUGCACCUCUCCGACUUCAUCUGCUCUCUCGAAAUCCUCAAGGGAAAGUCUCACAACUCCGUGGUGCUCCCCCUGCCCACCGGUCUAGACUUUCAGAAUUCAGAUUCCUUCAAGCACAGGGCUGCGGUCACCCUGAUGGAGAACACUGUGCUGUCCUGGACCAAGCAGAUCCAAUAUUCCAUCGCCAAGGACUCCGAAGACAUCUCAGAGACAUGCAAGUAUCCUCUACCAAGCAUGGAAAUCGCUUUCUGGAGGUUUCGAUCAGAUGAGCUUGACUACAUCUGCGCUCAACUCAAUGACUCCAAGAUCAUAACCAUCAUCUCUCUACUUCGCAAAUCCCAAUCAACCUACUGCAAUGCCUUCGAUCUUGCUUCUCAAGCUGCACGAAGCGCUGCCGAAGAGGCAAGAAGCAACUGCAAGUUCCUCCGGGGCAUACAAGACUCAGUCAACACACUUGAAAACCAUCGCAUAGAGGUCUCGAGAGACGAGGCUCCUGUCGAAGACUCCAACGACGUGAUGCCCUCCGCGGACCGGAGCUUCACGGGAGCAGCGUUACCCGCCCUGCUGAUCCUGGACGUCGGUUUCGACAAGGAGUGGGUUGCAGCCAUGGCCAAGGCCAUGCACAUCUUGUUUCUGAUUACGGUUCACUCCCCCUACUACAACACAUCUUCAAGACUUUCCACCUUCAUUCGACGCCUGGAGAACGUAGCCAUCAUACAGACAUCCAAGUACAUUCUUCAGAAGGAUGGCGUGGAGAUACUGAUCUCUGAUCCUGUCGAAGCCAUUCAUCGACUUGAAUCAAGCAUUCAGAUGUGCGUCAGCUUAAAAGACAUGUUCGACGAGUACAAACAGAAAUCUGUCGAACAUUUCUCAGAUCAGAAGGUAAAUCCCUGGAUUGCCAAAAUGUCAGUCUUUGGGAAGUUAGAUAGUUUUAUUCAGAGGGCGCAGGAUUUGGUGAUCAUGGCAAAGAAUGCUUACGUUUACGAGAACCUCAAGACAACGAUAUUUGGAGGGAUAAAUGGAUUGAAGACAACUUCCUGUGCGAGAGAAAUACAUCGAGAUGUGAUUGAAAUGAUAUUUCAUGUCAUCCAUGUACCAUACGAUCUGCUUGACAUUGAAGUUCAACGAGAGUUCGACGAGAAGAUGAGUCAGUACACCGCAAUGACAAAGUCUAUUGAAUUCCGGGCACUGUCUCUCCUACAACAGGUAUUCGAAGACUGCAACAGCUCUGAGAGCAUGCUCGACGCGUUCCUGCUGCUGGGUCCGAUCCUGGAGCUUCAGAACAUCAACUCGUACGCCGAGAAGAUGAUGGAGAAGGUGACUAGCGUGCUGCUUGCGGAGAUACAGCAUGCGCGCAACUCGUUCAUCAACGAGGCACUCGAGACUGAGCUUCACUUUGCUUGCACCAUCCCCAAGGUUUCGGCCAAGUGUCUGUGGGGAAAGGCGUUGAAGGAGAGGGUGAGCCGAUCGAUCAACAAGAUGCGAUUCAUUGCUGGCAUUCCAAACUCCUUCGGCUACAUCCGAGAGGUGAGAUCAGAGUUUGAAUCGCUGUCAGUUGCCCUGGACAAGUACAUCCAAGUGAACUACAACAACUGGUUCAGUGAAAUCCAGAAUGGACCACAGUUUGAACUUGACUAUCCUGUUCUCACAGUCUUGAGUGACAACAAGAUCACGGUGAACGUAAACUAUUCUUUCUUUGAGACUUUGCAAGAGGCAAGAAGUUUUUCGAGGCUGGACUACAAGAUCCCUCUCCGAAUUCACGGAUUUCUGGAGUUUUCGGAUCAAUUUCAGCUCCAAGUCUCCAAACUUUUUCUCAUAUCCGACAUGUACAAUACAUUGCACGAGGCAAAAAAUGAUGCAGAAUGGUUAUUGAUGUCGGAGAACUUGAAGCUGCUCGAUGAGAUGAUCCAUGAUGUGAGCACCAACAUCACAUGGACAAGUUUCAAGUUGAACGAGAUCAUCGACGAUCUUUUCAUCGUUCUGAGGGAGAACCUUAAUUUGAGUAGAAAACUGCUUGCUUGCGCGAAGGACAUCACCAAAGUUUUCAAUGGUUGGACUGAGUCAAAGUUGCUGUGGAAGAAGAAAGAAGAGGUGUAUAGCCUGGAAGUGUUUGAUGAGAAAUAUUGUGCUCGCAUCAGUGAACAAGAAACAAGAUUACGAUCGGAUCUAUCUAACCUCUACGACAUUGUCGAUGAAAUCAAAAGACUCAGUCUUCUAAAUUCCACUUCCUCCAUCUGGCAGAGAUAUUUCAGAGGGAUGAAACAGACAAUAUCCUUCAACAUGAAGAAGUUUGUGCUAAGAAGUAUAGAGGAACUGCUGUCAUAUUUUGACGAUCGAGAUCUGCAAAAUCAUUCCUUCAUUGAAAUUUACAUGGAGGUCCGAGAAAAGUGCAUCACUUUCUCGCCGGAGAUAGCUUCACGAGACAAGUUCUCAAUCUUUCAGUGCUUUCAAAGGUGGAACGACAAGAUUCUGGGCUUCAUGAAACUAGUACAUGACGAUGAGAUAGACCUUCACGACGACGACACAGCAUUGUUAGACACGCAGAUUGAAGGACAACAGACCCAGAUCACAAAGCAUCUGUCAAUUGUUGAAACAAAUCUUGAAAAGUUCGCAAUGACACUGGAGGACUUCGGUUCCAUCAUCACUUCAGACAAAGAAGUCUUUGUCGAUCAGCUUGUUAAUCUUUCCACAAAAGGAAAGCACGUUGCUCCAUUCCUCAUCGAAAAAUUUGAAGACUGCAUUGAAAGCUUGAAUCACAACAAAUCCAAACUUGCUGAGAUGAACAACUUCUACGAGUGGAGUUGGAUCAGGGUGAACUGUCAACCAGUGAAAGUCUUCAUCGACCUGAGGAUACAAGAAAUCAUCCACUACUGCACAGCAUCCGUCUAUGAGUUGUUCUCCAAGACCCUCCGGGACAUUGAGAAGUUUGUCACCUCGAUGCUCCGAGAAAUCAAACUCACUCUCGAGUCCGAGGGUGACAGGCAGCUGGCAUUGACCAAGGUGCUGAAGUUCAACAUGGACAUCAAGAACCACAGGCUGGACCUCGAGGAGGGGCUCGAGUGGCUCCGCAACGCCAAGGAUGCCAUGGACGACCUAGACGUGCUGUCGGUGCCUGAGGACAAGGUGCGGCUGGUGAGCCUGACGUCAGCAUGGACGGACCUGCAGCACUCGAUCGUGCAGAUGAAGGAGUCGUUCGACCCUCUGAUAGCGUCAGAGUCCAACGGGCUCAAGAGGAUGUCGGAGAACGUGGCGGAGGAGCUGAGAAACCUCGAGACGGAGCUGAACUCCUCUGUGUUGUGGCACAAGGGAUGCGCCGCGGGGGAGGCAUACGAGCUGAUCCAGAGCUUCUUCCAGCGACUGGAGAGGAUCGAGACAAGGUCGAUCAUCCUCUGUGAGCUGAGGGACCUGCUAGAGACGACCAUCUUCAUCGACAUCUCCGACGUGGACGACUACAGGCGGCUGCUGCUGGCGUGCAAGAGCUUGUGGGACGUCAGAGAGAUGGUUCUGACGGAGCUGAACUCGAUCUACGAGAAGAGCUGGAAGGAUGUCGACGUGGAACAACUUGAGCGAAUGACGUCACAGUACGAGCAGAUCAUCAGCUCGACGGUUGACAGCAGCUUCCGCGAGUACGAGGUCUUCCUCGACCUUGAGGCACAUAUCAAGACGAUUCGAAGCUCCCUGCCCUACCUGAAGCCCCUGAUGGACGAGUCGAUCAAAGAGCGACAUCUCAAGUGGUUGAUGGCUUGCUCCGGUCAUUCGUUCUCCGUUCAAGGGAAGGUGGAGUUUAGCAACAUCCUGCAACUCCAGUUGGACGUCUACAGCGAUGAGUUCUUCUCGCUCUUGACCGAGUCAAAGAAGGAGCUGGAGGUAGAGAAGCUGCUUGCUGUCAUAGAAGGCAAGUGGUCUGACAUACACCUGUACUUCAUCAACUCUCAAGACCUCUAUGCAGACGUCAUGACGGACUCGCUCAUCAACGCGUUCGCUGCCAUUAAGGACUUGCAGUCGGAGCUCCUGCAAGCUUCGGCUCUCCCCUGCACCAGCUUCUGCGAGCAACAGAUCCAGGAAAUGAACUUGAAGGUGCUGGACGCCGACAAGUUCCUGUGCCUGCUGCUGGAGAUCCAGGAGAGGUGGACUAUGGUGAGGAACCAUAAGGUGUUCAAGGUGCUCAAGGAGGACGUUGUGUCUCUGCACGCCGAGCUGAGAAAAUUCAUCCUUCGGAUCGAGACCAGGACGCUGCUCAAAGACAUCUGCACAUACCCUGACAAGCUCAGCGCCGCUUUCAACCUCAUCCAACAGCUCAAGGAGCUGCAGACUCGCGUGUCGUCGGUCCUCCUGCAGAAGCGCCUCAACUGCCCGAGGCUCUUCAUCCUCUCUGAUGACGACGCAGUGCAGCUGCUGUCUCGUAGCAUGCAUGAGGUCCUGACCUGCACACACCUCAGCAAGAUCUUUCAUGGCAUGAAGGACCUGCUCAAGGCCGACGAGUCCACUGAGUUCAUCCUGACCUUGAUCGGGGUGCAGACUGAGGCAGGAGAGAAGAUAGAGUUCGAGGGUGACCACGUGUACUUCCGAAAGAACGAUGCUGUCGAUCGUCUCAUCAAUGACGUGGAUGAUAAGCUGAAGCUGUCGAUCAAGAUAUCGGGGAAGCGAGCUGUGGAGGAGCUGCAGACCAGGAAGCUUCACUCGCUCAUGGAGGAGUUCUGCUUGCAAGUGAUCCAGCUGGGGUACAAGAUCAACUGGACGGGAAAGGUAGAGCAAUGUCUGUACAUGGAGGGCAGCGAGAGGGCUGUCUCCCUCAGGAAGGUAGCGCAGGAGUGCUCAGACGACCUCUCCCACCUCGUCAACCGCAUCCGAGGAAACGCGAGCCUGAACCUCGAGGUCCGAAGGAAGCUCGCGGCGAUGAUCCCCUCGGUCGCAUUCAUGAAGGACGUGAUCGAGUCUCUGCUCCAGCAGUCGGGCAGCAACGUCGCUGGCCUUCCCUUCGAGUGGCAGAUGCAGCUGCGGUACUCCAUGAGGAACGCGUCCAAGGACGAGCACCUGGCCUGUCGGCUGCAGAUCGGGAGUGCGAGCCUCGACUAUGGCAACGAGCUGGUCUCCCCGAGAGAAGCGUUCUACAUCGCUCCUCCCACUCUCAGAGCCUUCUUCGGCAUCAUAUCCGCCAUCUACAGUAAGAUGAUCGUCGGGUUUCCUCAGAGGAAGGGGAUAGGAAAGAAGGAGACGGUCUUGCAGCUCGCUGCUGCCUCGGGCUACACAGCGCAGGUUUGGAACUGCACACAGGACACGCAAGUAGACUCGUUGUUUCCCCCCAUCGUCUGCGCGUUCGCCACGGGGUCAUGGCUGAUCUAUGAGAAUUUUGAGAGUCUGAACGUCAACGUCAAGUACAGCUUCCUUGCAAGCCUGAGCUCAGCAGUGUUGGCAGCGAUAGCUGGACAGGACGCGAAGAUAUCAAGGAUUCCCAUCCGGUUCAAGCACCCCACGGGUAUAUUUCUCUGCUUCGACUUUAGCCCUUCAGCCUACUCCCUCCCGAGCAGCAUGAAGCCGAUCCUCCGGUCGGUUGCGAUCAUCAAGCCGGACCUGCGCACGCUGAUACAAACCUUACUGCUGUCUGAAGGGUUUCAAAGUCACGACAAGCUGUCUCUGACCAUCGUCAAGUACUGCCAGCUCUGUGCGCUGCUGAUCCCCUCCUUGCCGCGCGAGGCUCUCAACGCGCGGUUCUUCAAGUCUCUCAUCAAGCAUUUCGUCGCCAUCCUGCAGGCAGACCCGGUGAACAACAGCGAGGAGAUGAUCAUCGAGGAGGCGAUUUUCCGGGCCCUCCGAGCCUUCGUCGACAACGAGUCCUUGGACCUCUUGCGUGCGGUCCAUCGGCACGUCUUCACAGACGCUGAGCUGCUGCAGUUCCCGAAGCGUAUCGACGACUUCACUGCUCACGUCAGCGAGAGCGACGACAACAUGUCAACGUCUGCUCUCCGCAAGGUGAACGCGUUCAAGGCCGCCCUUGAAGUCGGCCGCAUCCUCCACGUGUUUGGAGACCAGGGGACAGGCAAGUCGUUUGUGUGGAGAAGUGCGGCCAACCACAUCCGAUCGACGGGGAGGAGAGUGCUAUACCAGGGCCUUGACCCCAACAUUACCAAUCUCUCGCUUCCUGCGAGCUGCGGGUCAAACAGCAAGUUCUUUGACGUCGUCUUCAAUCUCACCACCAUGAGGCAGAGGGACAGAGUCUCGGAGGUAGAGAAGUGGCUUGUGCUGGACGGCAUCAUCUGCCCUGACUGGGUGUCCAACAUCUGGUACACGUCGGAGGACAUUGAGGUCAACAAGAUCAUCAUUGAGACUAGCAGGCUGGACCAUCACGCGCCCUCCAUGCUCGCCAGCUCCGGCCUCAUCUUCAUAGACGAGGACACCUGCCCUCUCACUCACCUCCUCGAGCGAUGGAUCGACGGCCUGCCCCGUGACAACGUCAGGUCCGAGUUCCAGACUCUCUUCCACACGCGGAUCCCUCAUCUCCUGCACCUCAAGGGACUGGACGUGAAACUGACCUACUCUCUCCCCCUCACCUUCCGCACCUGCUUCCUGACCUUCCUCCGUCUCAUGGACAGCCUCGUGCGGGUGGAAGACUGGACGGCCAAGAGCGCAGUGGGCAAGAAGUGCUCCAUCAUCUUUGACUUCUCGGCAGCCUGGGGGUUUGGAGGAGCCCUGGUGGCCGACGGGUUCUCAGACAACAAGCGCGUCUUUCAUGACUGGUGGCUGUCAAACAUGCGAACGUUCGGGGGCAGCGAGAUCGACUUCUCGGGAACGAUCUUCGACUACACCUUCCACCCCGAGACGCUGGAGGUCAUGUCGUGGAACGACCUGGUGCCGAGCACCAAGUUUGUAAGCGAGCUGGAUACCCGAAGUAUCAUUAUCUCCUCUCCCACUCAGAUUGCCAUCAACCGGUUGUUGUCGCUGCAGCUGACGUCCACCAUCCACUUCCUGCUGGUGGGAGGAGGAGGAGUCGGCAAGAGCUCCAUGGUCAGAGAGUUCCUGACGACUGUCUCCAACGACUGCUCCUGCUCUAGCAUCUACUUGAACCGGGGGACCGACCACAGACACCUGCAAGCUCAGCUGCAGAAUCGGCUGAGCCAGAAGAAAGGCAACGUGCUGUGCCCUGCAGAAGGAAAGAAGGCAGUCUUCUUCAUCGACGGCAUCUCACAUGUCAAGACACGAAAGAACUACCUGAACAGCGUUGUCUCGUUCCUCCACCAAGUGUCUGAGUACCGCACCUUCCUCGACGAAAGCGCACAGUCCAUGAACGAGAUCGUCAACGUCCAGUACCUGGUCACCAAGACAGGCAGCCUGUCCAUGAACAAAGACGACCACCAGCUCUUGACCAAGUUCGUCUGCAUCUCGAUCCCCUCCCCCACGUUCGAGACCGUCUACUCUAUCUUCGUCUCCCUCAUCUCCUCUCUCACCCAAGACUUCCUCGAGCCCGUUCAGAAGAUCGUUGAGCCCUUGGGGAAGGCCCUGGCAGAGAUCCACGGAAACCUGGUACAGACGUUCUGCAACUUCAAGUAUCCCAACUACUGCCACUACUCCCUACACGACGUCUGCUCCUUCAUCUCCGCGUUGUCGAGGGCUACCCCGGAGAUCUACGACAAGCCUUCGCUGUACGUGAGCCUUUGGACGCAGGAGUUUGCCCUUGCGUACGGGGAGAGGCUGUCGAACAAGAAAGACAAGUACAUCCUGCACGCUCUCAUCAAGGAAGGGCUCGCAAAGUACCUGGAGUGCGAGAACAACGACGUCCAAGACUUUGAGUCCAUGCUUCACUUCAACGACAUGGACAGCGGGACCAUCUCACCCUGCAACCUUCCUCGUGACCACUGGAGAGCAGAGUUCGAGAAGAGGCUCUCGGAGUACAACUCCGUGUUCCCCAAGAUCGAUCUGCUCCUCUUCGACGAGUUUGUUGAUCACCUGCUCAAGGUUCUGCACGCCAUGAAGAAGUCGGACGGCCACAUCGUCCUCUUCGGAGAGCACGGGUCGGGCAAGAGGAGCCUAGCCAAGCUCGCGGCGUUCUCGUUGGGGAAGGAGAUCUCGAUCCCGGACAAGUCAGGUGCUGUGAGCAGGAGGUUGCAAGGGAAGGGACUGACCGACAUGUCAGGUGCUGUCUCUGACUUCCAGCAGGAGUUUCAUCGGCAGCUGUUGAAGUCCUGGAUCACCAACAAGGAUGUAGCCAUCAUCGUCGACGACCAGUUGUCCGAUAGAGACUACGCUGAGAUCGAGCAGUUCAUACAAGGGUCCUACGACUACAACGACGAAUGGCUCAAAGAAAUCGUCAACGAGGACGCGCUGGAGAACGAGCAGCUGCUCAACGCUGUCGACUUCGGCUCGCUCAACAAGAAGGAGUCUCAGGCGUCAGUAGCGGUCAGACCAGCUGCUGACGUCAGAGACAACGUGCAGUUCCUCUUCUGCCUGUCCGUCGGGGGGCUGGAGGACCUCGCUCGCCACUUUCCCAUCAUUCCCCACAGCUCGUACCUCAAGUACCUGGGAGCCUGGAGCCAGGAGUCUCUAAAUGAGAUCUCGGAGAAGAAGGCGCUGGCGGUGCGAAACUCGAGCUACGGGGCCUUCUUGUCCUCGGAGUACUCGCUGGUCCAGUUCAGCCUGUUCGCUUUCUCCAGGGCGUCCCGAAUGGCUCAGAGCAAGAGAAACAAGCUCACCAACUUCCCCCCCUUCUACUUCGUUGAGUUCCUGGACUUCUUCAAUCGUAUCUUGUCGGCUGAGAGCGAACGGCGGGAGAAGGAGAGGUCGGCUCUGAUCAAAAUCCUCUCCAAUGUGGAAGAGCUGAAUGCCAAGAUUGACCAGCUGAACAGAGAUCAGGAGAAGAAGAAGGAGGAGCUCGCCCAGCAAGAGAGCUCCGUCGAGAAGCUGAUCGUUGAGCUGGGAAAGAUCUCGGGGAACCUGGAGCAUCACAAGAAGCAGUUCGACGAGACGGUAGACAAGAUCAGGCAGAAGGAGCUUGUCAUCUCAAUGUCAAAAGCUGACAUGGAGGAAUCUCAGUCGCUCAUGCAAUCGUCCAUGAACUUCGUGGCAGACUCCGUGAGGAGUCUCGACAAGAAGAAGCUGUCGGAGAUCCGUUGGGUCUCCUCGCCCUCCCAGGCGACAGAGAAGGUCCUGGCGUGCUGCGUGAUAGUUCUGAGUCAGAAAGAUCGCGAUGGCUGGUGGGAUGUGAGCUGGAACAAGUCGAGGAAGAUCGUCGAUCAGGAUCAGUUUGUCUCGGUUCUUGCCGACUUGUCCCUUAACAAACUCACUCCGGACGUCAUGCAAGCGCUUCGAGUCCACGUAGAGGAGAAGGAGAAUAUCAGCAGAACUCUUGCUGAGCUGCCUGAGCCCGAGACUCAUCUGGUGGGGGUGUGGCAGUGGGUGUGCAUGUUGUACGAGUACAAGCAGGUGUUCGACACCAGCAUCGCUCCCAAGAUCGCCACCUACCAGUCGGCCACCCUCGACAAGGAGCAGCUGGACAGGACAAGAGCUGAGAACGAGGAGCUGAUCGCGACGCUCAAGGUCGAGCUCGCCUCGGUGUCGGAGCGCUACGAGAACCUGACGAUUCAGAUCUCGGAGCUCAGCAGGGACAUCGAGGCGAACGCAGUGGUGCAGAGAAGCUGCGGGCAGUUCCUGUCAGACUUGAGCAACCAGGUGAGCCACUGGAAGACAAGGCAUGCCAACAUCGAGAGCGGCAUGAAGACCUGCGUCGGCCAGUGCCUCCUCGCCAGCGCCAUGGUGACGUACACGGGGCUGCUGAGCGAGAAGCAGCGGCAUCAGUACCUGGAGGUGGAGUGCAAGGAGAAGAUGAGGCUGGUGAGCAUCAGGUUCGAGGAGGAGAAGUCGGCCAUGGAGACGCUGGUACAGCCGUCGGAGUACGAGAAGUACUUCAUGGAGGGAUGGGCGGGGAUGAACUGCGACAGCGUGUACCCCUGGGCCCUUGAGAACAUGUGCAUCGCUGACAAGUGCGUGCGAUUUCCCGUGCUGAUCGACCCAGACCUCUUGUGCCUGCCAUGGCUGGCGAGCAUGGAGCGAGAUGGGAAGGGAGUGCUGAUCAGAGACGUGGAGUUUGUGAAGAAGACCCAAGGGAUCAAGCUGUGCGUCGCGUCGGGACAGACGUUGAUGAUCAAGUCGAACGAGGCAAGUCUAGACAGGUCGCUGAGGAAGAUACUGCUCAAGAACACAAUCAAGAAGGGCAAGACAACCUUCUUGGACGCGGGCUUCGAGUGGGUCGAGUACAACCCCUCCUUCCAGCUUGUCUUCACCACUACCGCCCAUGACUUUGACGUGUCGAGCGCCGUGCACGCGAACUGCAUCAGCUUCGAGGCCGGGGAGGAGCACAUCACGCAGCUGCUGCUGGAGGAGGAGCUGCUGAUCCGAGACGAGUCGAGCUUCCACGAGUUCAAGCAGACCUCCUACUCCUCCAUCUCCUGUCUGAGCGAGUACACCAACCUCGAGCGAGCCAUCAUGCACCAGACUGAGUUCCUGGACGCGUUCCUGCUCUCCGACGGGCAGCCAGUCUUGAGUGCCAGGAACGAGUACCUGAGGCUUGACAGGAUGAAGAAACGAACGGUGGAGGUGGAGGAGGGGAUGACGCGAGUGAAGAACAAGCUCAGGUCACACCUGCAGUCUAUCCGCCUCAUCGCCUCCAUCUGGCUGCUCAUCAAAAGGUUCCAAGACCUGGACUCAAGCUAUCAGUUCUCGUUGAACCUCUUCCUCCGCGUCAUCAAGGUCUUCCUGACGGUCAAGACAGGUGACGACGUGUACAAGGAGAGGAAGAUCCUGCUGGACAACAUCGUCUACUACCUCCUUCCCGGCCUCCACCAGGACCACCGGCUUCACUUCCUCCUCAGCUUCUACUUCAUGACCGAGAUCGCUAACGGAGGGCUCUCUCGAGACUUCUGCAGUCGCUACAUCUUCAACCCACAAACCGAGGAGGACGGCAACGAAUGCUUGAUCGACUUGAGCCUCGGCAAGCUCGCGGAAUUUGCCAUGCAGCAGCAGCAGGAAUGCUCCUGCUUGCUGCAAGACAUGAAGGAGGGCGAGAAGAAGUUGAUGGAACAGGCGACAAAUUGUGCGGACGUCCAUCAGCACAUCAUGUCGUCUCUUGUGGACGAAGACGUCACAUCCAGCGAGCACUUGAACAAUUUCUUCAAGCGGCACCUUGAAGCCUCCCUGGUCCUGGAGGCCAAGGACAGCAGGCAAGCCCAGCAGCCCCUCCUUGUCUCCUUCCUCUGCAACUCACCCGAGGAAGUCGACGAUUUUAUCUACAUGUACAGGAUCGUCGAGCUGGGAAAGCAGCUCAAGAAGCAGCUCAUCCCCUUGAGCACAACAUCUGACGGGUUUUCAAAGUCCCUCCAAGAGUCGCUGCGACGAGGAGACUGGAUCCUUGUAAGGGACCUCCACCUGGAUCAACAGAUCCAGCAUCAGUUCUGCGACUACAUCCUCGACCUCUACUCCUCCUCCUCCUCCUCCUCCUCCUCCUCCUCCUCCUGCUCCGUCGUGUUUGUCGAGCUGCUGCAAGUGACCUCGAAGCUCCACUUGAUCCUACGCAACUCCAUUAAGGUCCGAGACUUCUAUCAGCCCCAGGGCAUACGAGCCAGGUACGGCAGGUACGACCAGGUCCUACUGGAGGACGGCAGCACAGCUCAGCGCUCUCAAGCUAGGCUCGUCAACUUGCUACACUCUGUCCUGGUUGCGUUCCAGGGGCUGAUGAGGAGGAGCGAGUCCGGCUCCAUGAGCUCGAGCAGGGUCGGGGUCGAGGAUCUCGAGUCUGCACUUGUCCUCCUCGAGUCAGGGAGCAGGCAGCCGCCCAUGGAGAGGGUGGCGGACUUGAUUUACGGCCACAAGCUGGACUCCAGCUCGUCUCAGGCUCUCCAAGGGUUAUGGGAAAUGAUCUUGUCUUGCCAGAGGAGCGGCGAGGGAGAAGAUGGAGGGCAGGCGGCGGCGGAGCAGCAGCAGCUGGAAAGUUACCUGGACAGGUUGGCGGAGAGGUUGGAGGAGAGCCUGUUCGGGCAGAUGGAGGGGAGCUUGCAGGAGGUUGAGGGGACGGAGGAGCUGUGGAGAGCAGCUGGAGGGUUCAGGGACAUGGUGGUGGAGAAGGUAGCGGGGAUCAAGGAUGUGGUCUCCCUGGCCACCAUCGACCAUGACAACCUGGUGGGGGAGAUGACGUACGCGGGGACCGACAGGAUGCUGCUGCUGCACGCCAUAGCGACCGAGUGUGCGAUCCUCAACGCGCUGAGAAGUGAGAUGGCGAGGAACUUUGACAUCCUCGACAAGGUGAUCAUGCGCAGCGGCCUCCUGUCCACGUCAGCAGCUGAGAACGCGCUGAGGCUCGCAGAGGAGCUGCUGCGGGACCGAGUCCCGGCGCACUGGGUCCGCUCCUCCUUCCCCUCCAGCCAGUCGCUCGGCCCGUGGCUUCUGAACCUCAACGAGAGGAUGGAGCAGUGCAAGCGAUGGGCGCAGAAGCCUCCCGAGCUCCUCGAGCGCCUGAGCAUGCACGUUCUGUGCCGCCCUGCGACCUUCAUAGGAGCCCUCGCCAUCACCCGCAACCUCAAGGUGUGGAAGGAGGACAAGGUCGUGCUGCAGUGCCGAGUAGCAGACGAGGAUGAUGAUGAUGAUGAUGAUGAGGAGGAGGACAAGGAGGAGCAGCAGCAGAACAAGGAGGAGCAGGAAGAGGAGCAGGAGGAGGAGCAGGAGUACAUCGAGAUCGACGGUCUCGAGCUAGACGUGCUGGGAUGGGACGAAGGGUUCAGCCUUGGGAGCGAGGAGAAACAGCUUCCCCCCCUCGUCCUGAGCGCUUGGCAGGAGGAUGUACCCCCCUCCGACGUGCUCCUCCCUGUCUUCCAGGGCCUUCGCGACCCCUGGGGCCCCAUGUGCUUCCUAAGCCUGAAGAGAAGAUGGCGGCCGAAGGACACGAUCCUACGGUCGGUUCUAGCACUAGCCUCUGUGCAUACAGAGAGUGCGUGA